UACAUCGAACAUGGCGAACUCGUUGCAUUUGUUUGAAGUUUUGUUGGUUUCCGUCCUUCUGUCUUUUUCGGCUUGAACUCGGUCGCUUAACAAAGUGCAAAAUGUCGCUCGUUGUUCCAGAUAAGUUCCAACACAUUCUUCGUAUCAUGAAUACGAACAUCGAUGGCAAACGUAAAGUUGGUAUUGCCAUGACUGCUAUUAAGGGUGUGGGUCGCCGUUACUCCAACAUUGUUUUGAAGAAGGCUGAUGUAGAUCUGACUAAACGCGCUGGAGAAUGCACUGAGGAGGAGGUUGACAAGAUUGUCACCAUCAUUUCUAACCCUUUGCAAUACAAAGUGCCCAACUGGUUCCUUAACAGACAAAAGGAUAUCAUUGAUGGCAAGUACACACAAUUGACAUCAAGCAAUUUGGAUUCGAGAUUUGUAGCGCUUGAAGAAAAUCCGCUCUCACCGUGGUCUACGUCACUACUGGGGCCUGCGUGUGCGCGGUCAGCACACAAAGACUACCGGUCGCCGCGGUCGCACUGUUGGUGUGUCGAAGAAGAAGUAAACUAUUCUGUUUAAACUGCAGUUGUGUAUAUUAAUUUCCAGUGUGCUUAUUUGAAUUUGCGCGCACGUCUUAAACCCUAAACGACUUGGGGGGGAAAAAGUAAAUAAUCUAAACAAUAUA